GGAAAUCGAUUUGUUUACAAAUAUAUGUUGCAACGUAGGCUCAUUCAUCUGAAAACUUUUCUUUUAUCUUCAGUUUAUUGAUAGUACACUCAGUGUAUACGAGACGAAUUGGAUUUAUCCGGCUAUGUUGCAUUUUCUUCUAUAUCUGCUUAUGGCAAUAGGACCUAGAGCCUGCGAAAAAGAAUGGAGUGGCGUGUGGUUUCCUCAGUCUCCAGAAAAUAAAAACAAAUCGCUCACAGAUUCGGAAACAAGCCGUUCGAACGACACGAAUCAGACUCUUGUCAACCAUAAGAGAAUUCCAAUGGGCGUUGAGAAUGAGAAAUGCGAUGACGCACAUAAAAAUCUCGGCAUUGAUUUUGAUCCCUACGACAUUCGUCACUCCACAGUAUACAUGUGUUUGGAUAACAGGCGAGAUUAUCGUGGGGAUUACAACAUGGAACCACUGAUUACCGUUUACGAUAUUCCGGAUGCAUACGUUGCAUUGCAUAAGUGUAUGAACACGAGCAUUCAAUAUGCUGAACGAAUUCCCACAUUCGGAACACAUCGUCCUCUUUGGCCACGCUAUGGGGAAUACAAGUACGUACCGCCGCAGCGAUGGGUACAUAAUAGUGAGCAUGGUGCGGUGAUUGCCCUGUAUCAUCCCUGUGCCAAUAAGCAUCAAAUCGAGGAAUUGAAACUCAUAGUCAAAAGUUGCCUGUACAGACAUAUAAUAACUCCUUCAGAUUUACCGUCUAAGGAUCGACCAUUUGCAAUCGUUGCUUGGGGUGCACUGCUAGAGUUCUCUGUCCUUCAGCGAGACGUGGUAGAAAAUUUUAUUAGAACCUAUGCGUUGAAAGGACCGGAACAGAUUUCACGCGACGGCCAAUAUGACCAUCUGCUUCUGGCGCCAGCUCAAGUCGUUUCCACCAUAGACGACGAUGUGUUGUGCCCUAAACACAGAAAGCGAGAUUAGUUACAAAGUGAAUGACUCAGGUCAAAACAGUGAUAUUUCGGAUAUUUUACACAAUCAUACCAGUUACUAAAUAACAAAUUAUAACUAAAGGA